ACUCGGUACGUCACCCCAUGACAGAAAUGGGGGGCGGCGGACACCGAUGCCGUCCGGCUUGUGGCGGACAAAACGUUUAGAGUUCGACUGAUAAAGUGCAUUUUGUACAAGUCAACUAAGUUUGUUUUCCCAUUUGCUCAUCUGCUUCACUGAUCACCUCUUUUAAAUAAGCAGCGGGAGCCCUGUGAUUCUCUCACUCUCUCUCUACCUGCCAUCUCUUCAAGAUCCCUCUUUUUCUCAUUACAAGUGACGCCUCUGCAGGAGAGAGAGUAGAAGAAUGAAUAUACAUAGCCCCAACAAGAGGUAUCACCCAAAAAUGGCUAAGAAAAUCUACCUCAAACCUACUUUAGUUACCGUCUUAACCCUCGUCGCUCUCUACGCAGGUUUCACCGUCUUUCUCUCUCAUCCUCCACCCUCCGUUUCAACCCUUUCUGAUCCUUCUUCUUCUCGCUCUCUGUCUAUCCUCAAUUCGGGAGAUCCCAAAAAAACUACGGUUAGGGUUUACAUGUACGAUCUCCCCAAACGCUUCACGUAUGGCGUAAUUGAGAGCUAUCUUCGCGCUCGCGGAACCCCAAAUGCGCCAUUUCGAUAUCCAGGAACGCAACACAGUGCAGAGUGGUGGCUUUUUGCUGACCUUUUGAGAGAAGUUCGGUUGAAUUCUCCCGUAGUUAGAGUUUUGGAUCCCAAAGAAGCUGAUCUCUUCUAUGUACCAUUCUUCUCUUCUUUGAGCCUUGUUGUGAAUCCAAUUAGGGCAUCGAAUUUUGGCAAUGGGCACGUUUACAGUGAUGAGGAGAUGCAACAGGAGUUGAUUGAUUGGUUAGAAAACCAGGAAUAUUGGGAGAGGAAUAAAGGGAGAGACCAUGUUUUUGUUUGCCAAGAUCCAAAUGCACUUUACAGGGUUCUGGAUAGGAUCAAGAAUGCGGUUCUCUUGGUUUCCGAUUUUGGGAGGCUGAGAGCUGAUCAGGCGUCGUUUGUGAAGGAUGUGGUGUUACCUUAUUCACAUAGGAUCAAUUCCUUUAAUGGGGAUGUUGGUGUGGAAGGGAGGAAAUCGCUAUUGUUCUUUAUGGGGAAUAGAUAUCGCAAAGAGGGGGGAAAGAUUCGUGAUACUCUCUUCCAAAUACUGGAGGAAGAGGAAGAUGUCAUUAUAAAACAUGGGACACAAUCGAGGGAAAGUCGAAGAAUGGCAACACAAGGCAUGCACACUUCCAAGUUUUGUCUGCAUCCAGCUGGUGAUACCCCUUCAGCAUGUCGCCUGUUUGAUGCAAUUGUUAGCUUGUGUGUGCCAGUCAUCGUCAGUGACUUUAUUGAGUUGCCUUUUGAAGAUGCCAUAGACUACACAAAAAUAGCAAUAUUUGUUGAUUCUGCCUCUGCUAUUCAGCCAGGAUACUUGACUUCAAUGCUUGGGGGAAUAAGCGAAGAGGCGAUUGUACAAUAUCAGAGAGAGCUUAAAAUGGUGAAACGGUAUUUUGAGUACGAGGAUGUGAAUGGCACAGUAAAUGAGAUUUGGAGACAAGUCUCUAUGAAGCUUCCACAAAUCAAAUUGAUGAUUAACCGUGAGAAGCGCCUUGUCAAGAGAAAUAUGACCAGUCCAGAUUGCUCAUGUGUUUGUUCAAAUCACAGCUCUUCCGUUGGCCCUCUUUUUUGAUACCCAAGUAUUCUUGACAAUUGUCCCUGCUCAUUAACUCUCGGAGCAAAUUCCUUUAUUCUUUGCCCACUCAAAACCUUUGCAUGAUGAAUGACUCACAACAAUGGUGGCCCAUAAGCAAUUUGGAGUCUUCGCCUCAAAGAAUAAGGUAAGAGUGGCUGUUGACAAUGGUCCCUCCUUUGUUUAGAUUUUUUUUUUUUGGCCACCAGCUUUGUGUGGUCGAUUAAAUCCAAAUAUAUUUGUAAUCGGUAUCGAUC